AGAUCCCUCCCAGCCCAAACCAGUCUGGGAUUCUGUGAUUCCCCCUAAAUGUCACCAUUUGAGGAACUGACUUCCCUUGGCCACUGUGAUCUUUUUGUUCCUACAGCUAUUUACCACCCUCAGUGUCAUGCCCAGACACCCAAAAUUCAGGAUUAAUUUCAUACCCCAAGACAAGCCUCUUCUCAGAAGGGCUGACCUGGCAGACAAGUUCAUUCCUGGAAUGGGGUGUUUAUCUCUCACAUGAGUAGAGCUCUGUUUGCUCGUGGAAACUGCUCUGAUCAGGCACUGCCUGACUGCACUUCCUCUGUCUCCCAGACUCGAUUUCAUCACAGAUUUACUGUAAGUGAAUCUCUAAACACAUUUUUUUUUAACUGUAGCACAAUUUUUUUUUACUUUUAACACCUUUUUUUUUUUUUUUUACUUUGAGCCUCACAACAUGGUGAAACGCACACACACAAUGAGCCCAAAGGCUCUGGGAAAGCCUGGCCCAGCUCAGAAUUCAGCAGCAAACCCAAACUCCUGCUCUAGGUCAGAACACAGAACAUCCAACACAACCCAGGGAGGGAGGAGUUGCUUUUUUCCUUCCUGAUCUAUUUGUGACCUGUCCCUUUUACAGGCACUGUGUCACCUGAGCCAGGUGAAAUCACAGAAUCCCAGGCUGGCUUGGGCUGGAAGGGACCUUAAAAAUCAUCCAUUAAAACUCAAAUCUCUUCCCGGGGUGACAUAAUUUCCUUUAACCUGUGGGUAAUUUCCUUUAACCCUCUGUAGGUAAUUUCCUUUAACCCUCUGUAGGUAAUUUCCUUUAACCCUCUGUAGCUGUGGCACCUAAAGGGGCUCCAGCAGAGGGACUGGGGACAAGGGCUGUAGGGACAGGAUGCAGAGAAUGGCUCCCACUGCCAGAGGGCAGGGUAGGACUGGAAACUGAGACCAAAACUGAAUUGGAGAUGCCUCUUUACACAUCUAAAUAAUUUUCUAUCUACCUCCAAGAGUUCCCAGCUGGCACAUGAGGGUCCAGAUCAUCCCCAAACAUCAGCAGAGCCCCCACAGCAAAGUUUGCAGUGGGAGGCUUUGUGGCUGACCAGACCAAUGUGGGUUUUCUCUAAGAAUGUUUUUCCUGUUAAUGUCAGACCACUGUAAAACAACUCAAUUCUGUCUCUCUUCCAGGAAGAAGGUCAAAAAUCCAAGCAGCAGACACCAGGAGUGGCAAGGAAUGAGGUCAGAGUUUGAAGAGCUUUUGGUGUAAUAAGUCUGUGAUUUCUUUAAAACUUUCUGAAGUGUAAUUUGAAUAGGACAGGGGAUCCUUCCUGCUUUUCUUUCUUGUUUCAGUUUCCUGACUGAGUUACCUGUGGUUCUUUAACAGAGGGACGAUUGAGGAACACAAGGCUGGGGCUGAUUUCUCUCCCAGACCACUGUGAUGCUAAAAUUGUUCACAUCCUGAUCACUGCCUGAUGUGGAACUGCCCCUGGGUCUGGCAAUGGAUUCAUUUCCCCUCUCCCUCUCUGUUAUUUUUGGGCACCUUCUUUAUCUUUUUGUAGAUUUUUUUUUUUUCAAGAUUCUGUGCCAGAAAUUUGGCUGCAGGAAAAUCACGAGCUCAUUUAUCCCUCGCUGUCUGAUUUGAUAUUGACUUUGCUUCCCUCUCCCUAGGCUCAAAGACAAGAAAGGCAAUACACAGAAUUAUCCCUGGACUUCUGUAGGUUCUGCAGAUUUCCUGGAUUAUUGAUAUUAUUUUCUUUCUGAUCGGGUGUUGCACUAAACCCAGCUCUCUCUUCCCUGUGUCUUCAUCAAAUCACUUUAUUCUCCAUUCUCCUUAAGCUCCAGUUUUGAUAAAUCCUCCCUCAUCAUCCAAUGGUGGGUACCGCAUCUUCCAUGAACCUUUUCUCACUUUGACCUCCCUCCUACCCGAGAGGACUCCAGGGGAGUCAUUUCUUGGGCUGUGAUUUAUCAGGAAGCUCCAGAUAAGACAGAGCUGUGCCAAAACCCUGCCUGGACUGAAACCAAGACCCUGGCCGAGUUCCCCUCUGCUUUGGCAAAGGGCAAACAGACAUGACAAGUUCUGGGAUUUCUGUCAUCAAACGCGUCCUUUAGCAGAAGGGAGGAGGGGAACCCCACUGCCUAAGUCACAAGUUGAGUUUCUUUAAUUUCGAGUUCCUCCACGCUGCUUUCAUCAGUCAAAGCCUCAUUAAUGAAGGCGCCCCUCUAAUUAAAGCGCCUCUGCGGGCUCUGUUUUGCUGUUCAAUGUCCCCAUUUAACAACGGCGGGUUAAAGGCUGUUACAGGAGAUUCUCACCUGUUUUAUUGCUGCCCCGCCCGAGAGCCCGGGGCCAAGGAACAGGCAGAAAUCUCUCCCUGGAUGGAGAAAAAGCUGAAGUGCAGCGGAAUCCGGUGAUUCAUCCAGCCGGGAACCAGAGCUGCUGGGAACAUGAGCUCCUGCCAUUCUUCCCUGCUCGGAAAUCCCUUGGCACCGGUGCCAGCUCUGCCCAGGGACCCGUCGGGCACCCGAACAUCCUCUGCGUUCAUUCCAGAAACUUCUUCCUAUUUACCAGCGCCGAAAAAUGUGGAGGUUUAUUCCUACAACUUCCAGAGUUUGCUGAGGUGGUCUCCUGUUCCAGUGGAGAAUGGCUCGGUGGUGUACACAGCCCAUUACAAAACAGGGUUCUACGGCGCCUGGAGCGGGAUGGGCUGUGCACAGACCCCCCGGACGUGGUGCCCGUUCCCCCCCGAGCUGCGGCGGCGGCGCUGGACCAUCCUGCUCCGGCUGCGCGCCGAGCGGGGAGCCCUGGCCUCGCCCUGGGUGCUCACCCCUCCCUUCGUGGCCGAGACAAACACCACUCUGGGUCCCCCCAGGGUGAACAAUGUCAGCGCCAGACCCGACUCUCUGCUCGUCGGUGUCAGCCCCCCCUUCACCCCCGAGCCCGGGGACCUCCUCCAGUACCUCGUGUCCUACUGGGAGAACUCCUCCAGUCCCACAGAAAAAAAGCUAAGUGAAAGCAAGACACGAUUCGAAAUUGGAAAUCUAAAGGAGUCAACACUUUAUUGCUUCAGCAUUCAAGUGCAGUUGAAGAUCUACUCGGGUCACUUGUUAGAAGGGCAGCAAAGUGCCCCAGAGUGUCACAGAACUGCCCUCAGUGAGGCAACCCGAGCUUGGUACAUCAUCUUCCUGUUUUCCGUGGGGUUCGUGGCUUUAAAUCUGGUGGUAGCUGCUUCCCUGUUCCUGUGGAAAUACCACCAAAAAAUCAAAUACUGGGCUCAGCCACCUCUGGAAAUCCCAUCACACUUCAGGGAGUUCCUGAGGGACCCCGACGUGGCUGGCUUGGAGGAGCUGUACAGUCCUGCUGAGGAGGAGCCCCAGGCUCUUGUGCUUGGAGGAGGUGGCCAGGAGGGUGAGGAUCCUUCACCCAACACCUCCAGGGCCAGGGCAGCCUCUGAAGGGCCACCCCAGUGAGUGUCACCUGCCCCAGCACUGGCCAGAGCUGCUGCCAUGGUGAGGCUGCUGGCAGGAGAGUCCUGAUCAUGGACUCUGGGGUCACAGGAGAGUCCUGAACAUGGUCCCUGGGGUCACAGGAGAAUCCUGAACAUGGUCCCUGGGGUCACAGGAGUGUCCUGAACAUGGUCCCUGGGGUCACAGGAGAGUCCUGAACAUGGUCCCUGGGGUCACAGGAGAAUCCUAAACAUGAUCCCUGGGGUCACAGGAGAGUCCUGAACAUGGUCCCUGGGAUCAGAGAACAUUCCCUGGGGUCACAGAACCAUCCCUAGGAUCACAGGAGAAUCCUAAACAUAGACCCUGGGGUCACAGGACCAUCCUGAGCACAGACUUUGGGAUCACAGGACAUUUCCUGGGAUCACAGGACAAUCAUAAACACAGACCCUGGGGUCACAGGACCAUCCUCAACAUGGACUCUGGGAUGAGAGGACAUUCCCUGGGGUCACAGGACAUUCCCUGGGAUCACAGGACAUUCCCUGGGGUCACAGGACAUUCCCUGGGGUCACAGGACAUUCCCUGGGGUCACAGGACCAUCCUAAGCACAGACCCCGGUGCUCCAGGGGCCUCUGCCCAGCUCCUCUCUCUGCCAAAAGGAGAGAAAAGGAAGGUGGAAGGGGAAGGAAAGGAACACUAAAUUGCCUGCAGACAGGUGAAUACAAGGGGUGAAUCCCCACCCCAGCUUGGAGGAAUAACUGCACUUUAUUGAUGUGGGAUAACGUGGGAUCUUUCAGGGAGUGAAGAGCUGCAAUUCCGUUUAUACUGGUUCUGUUUCUGUUGGCAAUAAUACUCCCAUUAUACCCACCCCAGUCUGCUUUCCUGAUUCAUUUUAAGUGCGGGACAAACUGAAAACAAAUGUGUGGGUACUUUCCUCGGGAUGAACGUGUGCCAAGAGCCCCUCCCAGAGAGUUCUGCUCUUAUCUGCCUCCUGCCACCCUCGUGGGAGCAUUAAUCUGCUGCUGCAGGCAGGCCAGGGCCCUGCACACCACAAAGCACCUGAAAGGAAUUUUGCUCCGGGUUUUUCCAGUCUCAGUCGCUGUCAGACACUAAAACCUCUUGCUGAGCACCAGCAGAAGAGAAGGUGACUGAGAGCUCUGGUUUUAGUGCCUUAAAGCACAAGAGCCCAGGUUAAACCCCACAUCACCCCCUGUGGGGUCUGUAGUCCAAUAAAGCACAAAGAACAAGUUAACCUCUUCUGUACUAAGAAAAAUGGGGUUAUUUGGUUUUUUUUCCCCUUGGGUUUGAUACAAAUAGUUAAAAAAAAAAACAAAAACAAUUAAAAAUGUGGGGUUUUUUGGAAGUGCCUGGUUGGAGGGCCCUGGCAGAGCUGGGGUGCCACUGCCCCAGCCCUUCCAGGAACAGCCCAGGCCAGCAGCUGCCAAAAGCUUCAGCAGAUGUUUCCUUGCAGAUCAGACCUAAUCCCUUGGGGUUAGGCUGCUGACAAGGGGGGUCCAGGGAAGCCUGACUCAUGUAGGAAUUGCCAGGUCAGCACCAGGUCUGCUUUAAUCACCCACAGCUCACAAAAAGGAACACCAAACUCAGCCAGAGGACAGAAAUAAGGUUAAAACCCCCUGGGAAUAUCUGUGUCUUCCUGAAUAAACCGUGCAAUGGA